CAAGAGUCAUACGGUAGUCCUAGACCAAAUUGUGCUCAGAGUCACUGCUCACUGCUCAUAUUGCAGCAGAGUUCUUGCAUUCUCUGGCUCCUUCGUCAUUGAGGUUCAGAGUCCAAAGACUUGGCGGAGGGUGGAAGGACAGCGCUCUGAUUGCCCCCUUCAGGAAGAGGUAGCUUCAGGUACGGGUUCGGUUCGAAGUCAUGGCGACCUCUCGUGUUCUCCGGCAACCAGGCGCAGCUGCAUCUCUUCUGCAUAGCAGUGGCGGAUCAGCUGUGAAGACCAGAUUUGACCACCAGCAUUCUGCAUGCACGCAUCAGCCAGUUUUGGCUACCUCUCCGUCAGCCUACCUCACGAAGGACCACCGCACUUUGCCAUCAGAGGAAGUGCCGGCUUUCUCUGGGCGCACCCUUCCAGGUUCACAUAGACCAUCUCUGAAGCAGCCACGACGCCAGUCUCUGCGCCCAUGUGCUGCCUUGCAGAAAAGCGGCAGCCCCCCCGCUCCGGAGGAAGACAUCAUUGGCAGUCUAGUUGGGCACUUGGGGUUGAAUGAGAAGGAGGCCCGGGCGCUGACUGGCGCCAUGCUGGACGGUGUCAGCCAGGUCAUGGAGAAGGAGUACGGGAACUCUGAGGCGCAGAAGUUUUCCUCUGCAUUUCCCGAUCUGACCGACUGGAAAGCGACUGCGCGCGACAUUCUCAUGGGCGACACCCACGGUUCAUCGCGGCAGUCCGGAGGGGGUCUGGGCGACGUGCUCGGUGAUAUCUUGGGUGGAAGAGAGGAGCCGAAGAAGAAGUCCGGGGGGGACAUUUUGGGUGACAUCUUCGGGGGGGGCGGCGACAAGCGGUCUCGGUCCUCAGGGGGGGGCCUCGGUGGAAAGUUGGGAGACAUUUUGGGGGACGUUGUUGGGGGGGAUGGGAACGACAGGCGUAACGGAGGGGGGUACGAGGAGGAGCGGCGGCCGAAGUAUGAUACGAGGUACGAAGAGGAUAGGAGAGACGACAGAUACGAAGAAGAGGAGCGGCGGCGGUCGGAGAAGAAGUCGGGGGGGUGGCUUCGGGGAGGCGUGGCAUCAACGGUCGGGCACUUGCUGCUGAAGAGCUUCCUUGGGAUUGGCGAACUUAAGCUGGCGGUGAACAUCAUCAAGAAACUCGGAGUUGACCCGGUACAAACGAUGGCCAUAGCGUACCUGCUGAUCAAGUUCGUACGAGGGCGGGUAGGGCCGGACAUCUUCGGGAUGGUACUCGACAAAAUUCCGCUCUUCCGCCUGGUGCUGGACGACCGGAACCCAAUCGUGAGAACAGUGUUGGGCGCUUUGAAGACAGCCAUACUGAGGUAGCGGGUUUCGAUAGGUUCUAGGCUGCCCACGUUUUGGCCAUCGAAAUGGGCCAAUUUGUUGCGAGUUGUUAAGUGACUGAGAGCGUUUGUUAGUGUAGAUAAGCUUUAUAUACAGCCUACCUAGACCCGUCAAUAUAGCCAUAGCACAUAAUUAACCUUUCUUGAUAAUCACGACGUAUCCACGGUUAAUUGUUGCUUAUCUUGCGACGCUUCAUCUGGUAUGAGUCGUGGACCGAACGCUUUGCAUUGACCAUAAAGUUAAGCCGUGGCUAGCUGUGUUCAAGGUUGGCACGUCAUUUAGUAAGCAUGAAUCAACUGACUUGAAGUACGAUUUAAAGUUCUCCCUCAGGAGAGAAUCUAGCAUGUCUGAUCAUGCAGGCC